CUCAAUGUCCACUGAACUAGAUUUGUCAAUUAAGUCAUAUUUUGAGAGUACACCCGUUUUAUUAUGGUCAUAUUUGGGUUUUCUAAAGACAUUAAAAUCUUAUUGCAUCUCGGAAGAACAUUCGAUGGACGAUCUAAAAUCCAUUUGGAGGAAGCGAUAUAUAAACUUUCUAAGUAACUUUCUUGCUGAGAAAGAACACGAUGGGGACAUCAAAAAGCGUGUAACUCUUCUGAUUCGACAGAAGCGUCCAUCUGAAGAAAAGAGCUUUUGGGAUAGUGUUGAAAUAGAGAGAGAGUUGAUGAUAAAAGAGGAUGUUUUCGAUAAGAAAUCACAGAUAGAAGCGUUGGAUGUGCUCUGUAUUUCUCGUAGUCAGAAAUCUAAUGAGUAUGUUAAUAAAGUAAAUUCACACCUACUGGAACAAGCUGAGGAGAUAUCAAGAGGGGAAGAAGUGGGUACCAUAAUAGGACAAAAGCGAUCUUAUGAGGAAGAUUUAUCUUUGAUAUCAUCAGGCAAGAUGGAAACGAUUCCUCAAACAAUAAUGCAAUCUAAUAGCAAGGAUGAUGAUUUAUUUCUCGAUGAUGAAAUUAAUGAUGUGUCAGCUGAAGUCCAACAGUUCAUUGCGAAAAUGAAGAGAGUGGAGCACCGUCUUUUUGAUUAUCAUAUUAUCAACCUUUCUGAGCGAAAUCAAAUGGACCCAGUUAACAAAAUCUUUACAGACAAUGAGAGGAAAAUGAUGAGACAAUUCUGGGAAAUUGGUGAGCUAUCGGCUGAGGAGAAAUUAAACACUGUACGUCGAUCUAAAUGGGGCAGCAUAAAACAACUCAUUAAUAAAUAUACAUCUGCAGUUAAGCUUGGAUUGAUUUUUGACGAAGAAGAAUUGCCAGCAGAGACUAUUUUUGAAAGGCUAUUUGAAGGAAAGCUUGUAUUUAGGACUCAUUACGACCUGUUGUGGAUUCAGGAUGUUUAUAAGCGAUUGUAG